UUCUCUAUAGCUUAGUUCGGUUCUUUGAGCCAUAUAAGCACCAAACCAACCAAACCUCACUCUUUUCUCUGAUGAUACCAAGGGACAAAAUGCAAAAGAAACAAAAAGAACCGAUUCAUUCCGUGCAGGUCUUCGGACGAAAGAAAAGCGCGACGGCAGUUGCUUACUGCAAACGUGGUCGUGGAAAUCUUCGUGUCAAUGGCCGACCGUUAGAACUGGUGGAACCACGAGUUCUUCAAUACAAAUUGCAAGAACCUAUCUUACUCUUAGGCAAAGAAAAAUUCUCUGGAGUUGAUAUCAGAGUAAGAGUAAGUGGUGGUGGUCACGUUGCACAGAUCUAUGCUAUUCGUCAGGCUAUUUCUAAGGCUCUCGUUGCAUAUUAUCAGAAGUAUGUUGAUGAAGCUAGCAAAAAGGAAGUAAAGGAUAUUCUUAUCCAGUAUGAUCGCACACUUCUGGUUGCUGAUCCUAGGAGAUGCGAACCAAAGAAAUUUGGUGGUCCAGGUGCCAGAGCACGCUAUCAGAAAUCCUAUCGUUAAAUGUACAUCUUGGAUUACAUUUUAUUUAAUAAAAAAAUUUUAAAUAUA